CCCAGCCGGAAGUAAUGACUAGCAGCUCUAGUUGUUAUUGUUGUUGCUAGUCGUUAAGUAAGAGAUCUCGGUGGGGUUUUAAUCGCUGUUAUUAUUUAUUAUUAUUCUUUAUUUACACACACGACAUGGGAAAGAAACACAAGAAAUACAAACCCGAGUGGAGAACUGUAGACGGAGAUUACGAGGACCAGCCCUUGGAUAAACCGCUGAAGUUGGUGUUGAAGGUCGGGGGCAGCGAGAUCACAGAACUCUCUGGCUCAGGACACGACUCAAGUUAUUAUGAUGAUCGCUCUGACCAUGAACGGGAGCGCCACAAGGAAAAGAAAAAGAAAAAGAAGAAAAAAUCUGAAAAAGAGAAGGACAAGCACUUGGACGACGAAGAAAGGAGAAGAAGAAAGGAGGAGAAGAAGAAAAAACGUGAACGAGAGCAGCUAGAAAACACAACCAGCGUCCCAGUAGAGCCCUUCGUUCUGACUAAACCUGUAGAGGUGGUGGUGGAGGAGAAAAAGAGGAAGAGGGAGAAGUUUGACGUUGAGCCUGAUGAGUUCCACCCCAGCGUGAAGGUGGAGUCGGAGAUGCAGGCGGACCGACCGGUCAGAGCCUGCCGCACUCAGCAAGAAAGCGAGAGCACGCCUCGUCAGCAGCUCCUCGAGCACUUCCUGCGUCUUCUACAGAGAAAAGACCCACAUGGGUUUUUUGCCUUCCCUGUGACGGACGCGAUCGCACCAGGCUACUCCAUGAUCAUCAAACACCCCAUGGAUUUCAGCACCAUGAAGGACAAAAUCGGCAUGAACGAAUACAAGACGGUCACAGAAUUUAAGGCCGACUUCAAGCUGAUGUGUGACAACGCAAUGGUGUACAACAGACCCGAGACAGUCUACUAUAAAGCCGCUAAGAAGCUUCUUCACACAGGCUUCAAAAUGAUGAGCAAAGAGCGGCUGUUAGCUCUGAAGCGCAGCAUGUCUUUCAUGCACGACAUGGAUUUUUCUCAGCAGGCCGCCAUUUUGGGCGACGAGGACGUGGCCGGUGAGGAACCUGUUCCAGAAGUCGCCCACUUCCACACCGAGUCGACCAAAAAAUCUAAAAAGCAGCCGGUUAAAGAGCCCAUUAUAAGUGACCUGUACGAGCCGGAGGGGAACGCGUGUAGCCUGACAGACAGCACCGCUGAGGAACACGUCCUGGCGCUGGUGGAGCACGCAGCCGAUGAAGCCCGGGAUCGCAUCAACCGCUACAUGCCAAACACGAAGAUGGGAUACAUUAAAAAGGAAGCAGACGGAACACUGAUCUAUACCGUAGUUAAUCAGGAUCCCGAGGCAGACGACGAAGAGACCCAUAUUGUAGAUUUAAGCUCUCUCUCCAACAAGCUCCUACCCGGCCUUACGACGUUAGGAUUCAAAGAUGACCGGAGACACAAAGUGACGUUCCUGAGUAGUGCGUACAACUCUCAGACGCUGCAGAACAACUCCAUCUACCCGGACCUGCUUCCCGAGGAGAUGGAUAUGCUGUACUCGGCUUAUGGAGACGAGACAGGGGUGCAGUGCGCUCUCAGCCUCCAGGAAUUUGUGAAGGACUGUGGAAGCUUCACCACGAGGCUCGUCGAUGAUCUGUUAGACAAAAUGACAGGCAACGAUCACUCCAAGGCCAUCUACCAAAUCCGACAGAAAAGAAACAUGCCAGUGGACGAACCCAAGUCUGCUUUAUGUGAUACGCAGAGCGCGGAUGAAGCCAUGAUGGACAGUGCAUCAGUGCUAGACUUCAUUAGUCUUAAGAAUUACCCAGACAUGACCCUGGACAUGCUCAACCCUCUGGCAGGGAAACCGCUGAAGAAGGAGCCCGAGCACGAGGACGCGCACCAGCACUUUGAAGACACGGCCAAGUUACUGCAGGAAUUCCAGGACGCGGCGGUGGACAGGGUCGGAUCCAGACCUUCCUCCAAUCUCUCCUCUCUCUCUAAUGCCUCAGAGAGAGACCAGCACCAUUUAGGAAGUUCUCCUCACCUGGGUGUUGGAGACCAAGCGGAGAUGGUUCACGACCCUUAUGAAUUUCUGCAGUCCCCAGAGCCGGACUCGGGCACCAGCUGAUGGAAAUGGACUCAAUGAGUGUUGUGUGAUUAUGUGCUUGUGUCUGUGAGCUUGUACAGAUUAGCUUCAUUGAUUCUUUUUUUUUUUUUAAAUAAAUCUUCAUGAGUUUG